AUGGACACCGCUCUUUUGACCGGGCUCAGGGACCUAACCAUAAAUCCAGCAUAUACCGUUUUGUGUACUUCAGAUAAUAAAUCUAUACAAUCACGACACACAUUCUUUCCGUCAUUACCAACUCCACCGAAUGAAUAUGCAAUGGAUGAAGAUCAAGAUUUUAUAACAGAUGGUGACUCUUCUUGUGAAGCUUUCGCUUACAAUCAUGAUAACUCAAUUGAAGGGGAGGAUGAUUAUGACGAAGCUGACGAGUCGUAUAUUUCAUCCAAUUUCGAUACUACCAUAAAUGAUCCCGAAUUUGCGAAUUUUUCAAAUGAACUUUCUCAGGAAUCUGGGAAUGUUACCAGUUUUCAAAAAAUUUAUUAUUUUAAUACCUGUUCUUAUGAGGUGCCACAUUAUGGAAACCACAUGCAACCAGCUUUACGAAACAUUGCUCUCAUCGUUGAAUCUUGGCUCACUGAAAAACUGCUAUAUCGAUAUGCUGGCGAUGCUAUUCCCAUUUUGGAAGAAUCUCCUCAAAUUUCAGCUGAAAGUGUAAUGACAAAGCUAAAAAUGGCUUUAGGUGCAUUCAAUAAUCUAUCAAAAGUAUAUAUAAAAAUCAGAGCCGGCCACGUUUAUUCACUUCAUAUGAUAAAUGACGAAAUCGUCAUUUCUCCAAAUCAUAAGCAAUUUAUUCAAGAGUUUCCCCUCUUCGUAAAUGUCUCGAUUAAAGUGCAAAAACGAUCAGCCGCAGCACGAAACACUAUGUGUCGAGUGCUGGUAGGCGUUGAGCACGUGACAAUGCAAGGUCAAUCGAUGGCUGGUGAAAUUAAAGCUCCAAUUUCACAUCAUCAAUUAACCAAUGGUAAUACGACAAUUAGACGAACUGUCUCCUCUGCUGAUGGUCAAGCAUUUUAUCUAUUGGAUGAAGCACCAACUACCUUAUAUUUUAUGGGGAAUGAUAAUGCACGUUUUUAUAGUGGCGCGAGUUACGCAGGAGAAAUCAUCGUUCGACCCUAA